AUGUCCAACUACGCACAACAGCCCUACGGCGCCCCGUCGAGACCGGCCUUCUCUGCCCUCCAGUCCUCACGCACAGCAGCCCCAGGCUACGACAGCUCUGCUGUCUCCAGCAUUGCCUCGCGGUCCUCGACAGCAUCGGCCCCGCCCGUCUCGCCCUCGUCGAGUCCGCAGAACCAGCCCUACUUUGGCUCCUUGAACCAGCAGUCGCACCAGCACCAGCACCAGCACCAGCAACAGCCGCAGCAGCCGCCUCGCAUGCAGGCACAGCGACACCCCAGCUUCGAAUACCAGCCCAACAGGUCAGGCGCCGGCCAGACGGCAGCAGAGACGACAAACUACCUCAACCAGGCCGCGCUGCUUGCUGAAGCCGCAAAGCGGGCACAGAUGGCCUGUGUCAUGCGCGACCUCGACGGCAUGGAACUAUGA